AUGGGGCCGACAAUACAGUACCACUGCUGCUCCUACCUCGAGCCCGUGGUCACGAAAGUGCUACAAGUAGAGCCAUCUGAGGAUCUAAAGAACACGCACACAUAUAACGAGAAAAAGGUGUCCAAGAGCCCGAAGAGGUACACCUAAAAAUCCCUGCAGUACCGUACGCGUGCCCAAAAACUGAACUGCACGUCCGUCCCACCGUUCGACUACAGUAGCAUCACCCCCUCCCUGUCACACUCUAUACCAAAACGGAAGAUUGCCGACUACAGCAUACUGCUGUCUGAAGUGCUGUCUG